CUCUCUCUUUCCCUCUCACUCGUCCCGUGCCUCUGCAGUGGCUCAUUCUUUCCUGCGCCGGCUAGAGACACACACCGCCCCCCUCCACCCCUGCUCUGGUCACUCAUCCCAGCAUGCGGUACCUAUUCAUGGGAAAGACCCAAGGCUGAAAGUGGAGCUCUGCGCUACAGCUGCCGCGAAAUGAAUGCAUCGUUUCCUGCGUCUACAACCACGCUGAGUCAGACAGAGUAUCAGACAGAGUAUCAGCGAGACACUGCCGGCAACUGAAAGCCACUGAUCUGAAGAUCAAGCAACGGAUCAGCUGCUGCUUCCGUAUUUCUCGCUCUCUAGUUACCCCUCCCUCCCUCCCUCACCGGGACAUACUGCAAAGGAGGACCGAGGACAAGGAGGUACGCUGCAAGACUUCCCCAGCUGAAAGUCUAAUUUCGUGUCGGGUCCCUUGUGACCCCUCAGACCUGCAGUAUCCCACUCAAGACAUACGGCAGAAGACUUGACCAGGGACAGACUGGGCAGACGGUCUGACAUGGAGCAACACAGAAGAUCAUUCCUGCACAGGUGUGCGCGGUCCGGUGAUGUAGUGCACGCCGGUCUGGUCGUCACACUUCUGAUUGGAGUGUGGUACGCUCAGGCACUGGAGGUAAAUACAGGAAAGGUCCACUUUAUAGAAGUGAUGAAUGGAAGUUCAGUGCUCUUACCCUGCACUUAUGCCAGCUGCAUUGGCAUUAAAAACCUUUACUUCAACUGGCAGUUCAAAGACAAUGGGACAUUGAUUAAGCUAUGUGAGGCCAUCAUCCCAGCAGAAGGAGUAGAACCUAAUGUGAAAAUCUAUCAUGAGCGGGUGGAGUUUGUCGGCUCCAGCAAACAGAAUAACAUCUCAAUCUUACUGCAUAACGUCACCUUCGAGGACCAGGGAGAGUACAUCUGCUUCGCCCGCAAUCCCAAGGAGAAGGAUCGCAACCAUAGUGCCAUUUUUACUCUUUAUGUGGUGGACGAAUUGAGAGAGGUGGACAACACACUGACCCUCAUCAUUGUGUCCGUGCUUGGUGGAGUUAUAGGUCUGAUCAUUCUCAUCAUGGUAGUGAAAGCUGUAGUCCUCGCCAUUCUAAACAAGGUCCAGGAGAAGAAUAAAGAGUGCCUUGUGAGCUCUUCAGGGAAUGACAAUACAGAAAAUGGCCUCCCGGGAUCCAAAGCAGACAGCAAACCAACACCAAAGGCAUGAAAAGAGCAUGUGUGUGUACAUAUAUGAGCAUAUGUAUACAUGCAUACAUAUUCAUAACAAUAUGAAAGAAAGUCAUAACAAUGGACCAUUUUAUUAUCUUUAUCUCAAAGAAAAAAAAAAUGCUACAUAUAAAUAUGUGGAAAUAUAUAUUUUAGAUUGUGCUUGAGGAAAAAUACAAAGUGCUGCAGGCUGGAUCACACACCCUUUGCUGGACUGAAAAGGCAUAAAAAGAUAUUCGGAGAGCAGAUGAUGGGAGACACUUCAGUGUGCUUGCAUUCUGUUCUUGUCUGUGAGACACAGCACACACACACUGCCAUUUUCAUGAACUGCCAUAUCCUUUCAAUGCUCGACAGCACAAAACCCACAUUAUAAAAUGUUUGCGGUACAAUUCCAGUGCAACUUUACAACGUCCUCACACUGCAUUCCAAAUGAUCCCGCGGUGGAAUCUCUCACAAGCUAACAAGUCAGUAACAAAACAGACACAGAAACGCCUUUCUGUAAAAUACUAAACAACUUACAGAUUAAAAACCAAGGGUGCCUCUACAAAUUGGAAUAUGUUUACCACCAAUUCAAGCAGCUAACCAAGUCUGAUUAUUAACCACUCCCACUAAUUUUACAGGUGAUAUUGAGGUCAUAAAGAACAGGAUGCAAGUGCACUUGAAGGGCAGAAACACACUCUACGCAAUAGCACCCCUUGUGGCAAUGUUGAUAUUACAACACAUGCAUUGUGACGUCUUGUGUGAGAAAAAAAAGUUUGUGUAGAGUGUUUUUCAUGGCUAAAGCAUUGUUUAAAAGGAACUGAAAAUAAAAGGACUUAACAGAGAUAAGGCGUGUGUAUAUCCAGCAUCCAGCCCAGCACGGUUUAUUCAUUUCUUUUCAUUUUUUUCUGCUUUAGAUAAAACACAGGUGCCUGUUAAUGCUUCAAGCUCCACAUGCUUCCUGGGAGCCUUCAAAUGCUAUAUAAAUAAGUUAAUUAAACAAUGCUCACAUUAAAAAAACAAACACAAAAAACAACAAAAAAAGAAAAAAAAACAUUAAAAUAUAAAGACAAUCCCCAGAAAUCAACUCCCUGUAGAAAAUGAAUGAUCUUCUGAUGCUGCUUUCAAUAACCAAUAACUUUUCCUAAUGCAUGUGAACGCUUUUAUACAGUACAUCUAGGGUACUAUAUAUCCAUUUCUCUGAAUCGUGUUCUCCAGUCUUUUCUUACAUGACUGAUCAACCUGUGCUUGUCGUAUACAUCGUCACAGUUCAUCUUGUAUGUAUCCAACAUACAGGCAUGUAGGGCCACUGUAGUUAACUGGUAAAAUUUAUCGUGACAUCCAAACUUCACCGGGCACAAUAUUGUUGCUAACUGCUAAUGUUGACAUUUAGCAUCUGAAAACGAAUACUUAUGUUUUCAUAUCAUCGUACAAAAACACACUACUUCUGUGACAAAUUAUAAUAGAUAGUAAUACCUCACAUGCCUCUCUAUGGCUAAUUACAGUGCACAUGUAACUAGCAUUAGCAUAAACCUCUCAAAACUUCUCAUAUAUCAGAGUAGUUUGAUGCUUAUUCAAGAAAACACACAAAUGGUGGAAAAUACUUGUGGGAUUGAGUUUUUUUAGACGUUCUGGAGCUGUAAAGCUAACUCUGUUUAUCAAAAAAAGGCAACUUUCCAAAUACUUCAGUAGUUAUUUAAGAUUUAAGUGCCAAAACAGAACUGCUAGUGGAAUGGUGGAUGAUUUACUGUUGCGUCCAUCUUGUUUCGUUUGUCUUCCUCUUUCCUUUUGUAUAGGGAACCCCAUAAAUGCACAAUGCCCGUUCAUAUCCAUAUAUGGGUUAAGUAUAAAUGUAUCAACAAAUUUAUAACAUGCGAUGAAUGUCACUUUGCGAAUACGCAGCAAAAAAAUAAAUUAAAUAAUAAUAAUAAUAAUAAUAAUAAUAAAAAAUAAGAAAUGCAAUGAAACUCUACUAGUCUUCCGCCAUAACCCAAAGAUGAAUGUACGCAGUGGUUGUAGUUAUGGCAGAGUUCAGAGGUGUCGUUUCUGGGCACUUUAUUCAUAAAGAUGUACGCAGAAGUGUUUUGAAUGCUCAUUCUUUAUGUAGAGCAAAGAAUGAUGAAGAAUUUAUAGUUAUGUACUUGAACAGCUGCAGUGGUGAUAUAUUAAGAAUAGCGGAACAGGAAUAUUUUGUCUCUUUGAAUGGCUAUAUCUCUUGUAUGUGCACAUAUUAGCAGUCUUCCAAAUCACUUGACUCUCUUUUAGAAAUCAGGGGCUUCGGCAAUCCCAACUGUUUGGGAUUCUUUGACAGAGCGGUAUGAAAUAAGAUGCACUGUACAGUAAUGUGGUUAGCAUUGUCGAGCUGUUCACAUUGCUUCUUUGAUUAAUUUAUGGCAGAAUGUUUUACCAUGUUAUGCUUCUUACAGCUUGUUGCCUUUUGUCAUUUGCAGCUAGUGUAUUUGAGGAAACUAUCACAUAAACAAGGAGAUUACGUAGAUCAGCAAUACUGUAAAAAAAAGAAAGGAAAAUGUCAAAAAAAAAAAGAAAAGAAAAAAGGAUAUACAUGAGUGCCUAGGCUCUCGAGAAUGGACUGUUGUAUGCAAAAGGUGCAAAUGUAACUUUUAUUAGAGCUUCUAUUUUUAUUAUUUAGCUGUAAUGUUAACCUAAUUCCUGUUCUGCUUUGCUUAUGUAUUUAUUUCCCCCCUAAAUAUUUUGCACUCAUUUGAAUCAGAUGUUUAUUGAUAAUGAAACAGUAAGGUGGUUCUCAACUGGUUUUGCUUUGCAUUUUACACCAAGUGGUGUAAACCAUAGUGCUUUUUGCAUCAUGCAUUGAAAUUACUAAUAGAUAGAUGCAUUGAAACUCCAGAUGUAGUAUUUUAAAGCAGUUUUUAUGAUGGUUUCAAAAGUCAGAUUACCUGUAAAUUUUGGAAUCUGUUUUACUAGCAUAAGGAGGUUAAGAUUUUCCAAAAUGCCACAUAAUUAUUGUAUGAUCGUAUUUUGAUAAAAUAAUGCAUUUAGUAUAUUUCAUUCCACUGUAUUGGCAGCCAGUUGAGAACCACUGGUGUACUGUGUAGCUGUAUAGACGCAUAGAUAUAUUGGUCUUGUUGCUUGUGUCUGCUGGACUGGUUGGCUCAGAUCAGCCAACUCUGGGCUCGAUUAGUAAUGUCUGGGUAGGCGAGCGUCUGCGCUGAAACCAGACUGCAUAGCUGCAGUGUUGCAGUAUGAACCGUAUCCUAAUAUUGCAGCACUGAGCCAUGAAUCUGCACACAUCAGUCUAUUUAUCUCUGGCUCUGAAGGGUUAUAGCAAGGAAACCUAAGUGAUAUUUCUGAUUUCUGUCAUAAAAAAAGAAAAAUCUUUCAAACCGGCCAACAUAUUAUUAAAUUCUUUACACUUUUAGGGUCAUGUCACAUGUUACAAAUACUAAUUUAAGUUAAAUAUCUACAGCUGCAUUUUCAGGCAGGCUGCUCGAUCUUGGUAGAUAGAAAAUUUUAGAUCUGAAAUAUAAAAUGUGCUUUACAUGCACAUUUUUUCCUCUCUAUUUUGCAGUGAGAAUUUGUUCCACUGUACUCACGUGGGAUGUCCAAAACCACUUGCACUCUUUUAAAAUCCUUCUACUAUAUUCAGUUGAGAGUUUGGCUCUGUCCAAUCUGAUCUCGUUCAGGAACAGAUUGACCUUUUGUAAAGCAGACUUACAAAUAAUGGAUUUCAAAACAACUGGAUUUCACUGCCUGGGUGACUCACUCUCACUGCCAAGCCAAGAGAGUGUGACGACUUCUGUGUGCUCCAACACAUUCCAAGACGCUCUGUCUCCCUCUAGUGGAUUUUAAGACUUCCAAUAUUUUUAAAUAAUCAAGGAUUCCAGUCACACUGGCUACGUUUGGAAUGGCUAAGUAUACUUCUUACUACAUAAUGGGCAGUAUAUAUUAAUUACUGUCUCUUUUUUUUUAAAUAAUGUGUAUAACAGUAUGCAAUAUGCUUCACGUUAUGUUAAAAUCUAGCAGAAAUAAUUCCAGGGAGAUCAGACACCUCAGUUGUGGUAUUGCCGGCUCGAGACUCAGACUCAAACCCUCAACCUUAGCGUUAGGAGUCAAACUCUCUAACCACUAGGCCAUGACUUCCCCAUUCAUGUGCUGUUACUAUAUUUAUUAUAAUUUUGAAUUAGCUUUUAUUUUAUAUGUUUAGUUUUCAUCAUUGUUGCCAAGUCUGACAAUGGAAGAAACACAUUUUGAGCUAGUCUUGAUUGGGCUGGUUUUGUUUUGCAGACCUGGCAACCCUGGUUUUCAUUUUAAUUUUAGAUUACAUUUUAACAUUACCAUUACAUUGUAAGGUUUUUUUUUUUUUUUUUUUGUAGUGGUAGUAGUAGUUGUUUAAAUUAAUUCCAUUUUGCUUUUUUUGUUAUUAAAUUUGAGUAAUUUUAGAACUUCAGCGUUAAUUUAAUUCACUUUUUUUUCAUCUACAGUAAGUGUUCCAUUUAAUAUAUAGUUAUACUUUAUUUCAGAUUUAUUUUAAUUGCCAAUAUCCAUUUAUAAUUGUAAUAUCACAAUUUGUUUUGUUAAUUUAAACGACAACAAAAGAUGCUAUAGAUCGAACAUGUGACCUAAUUUAACAGGAAUUCCAUACAUGCUUAAAAUCACAUAUUGCAUACUGCAAAAAUAGUACUAGUAGUAUGCUAGCAUGCUAAUCCAAACCUAGCCAUCAUAUAAGGACAAAUGUAGAGUUUUCAAGUUUGUAUUUUGCGGGUGUGCACAAGCGUUAUUUGUCCACCACAUAGUCUAGACAAAUUUAAGAGAUUUUAUUCCUAUACGUAAACCGAGACAACAGCCUAAAUAUACAACUAUCUAAUCUACUUAAACACAAGCCCUUCUGUACCUCCCAUCAGUGCACCCAGGAGAACGCUCCUUUCAUUUGAACUCCCUCUUCUGUACAUUUCUAAAGGAACCGGCAAAAUAAUAGGCAAAAAAAGUCUGGAUGGACAGCAUUUGAAUACUAGUUUUGUGAUCACUGGCUCUGACUGAGCACUUUAAACACAGACAUAAAAAAGAACAUUAAAAAACAUGUAUGUACAACUUCCCUUUGUACCAACAUCUGUCACAUUUCCUUGUCAUAACUAUGCAUCUCAGUAGAUUUCUCUGGAUUGUAAAGAAUAAACUAAUAAACUAAUGACUAUA